AUGGACUUCUGGAAAAGAGAAUAUGCUGAGUGUGAGCUGGUGGGCGAGGCGAUGAGUCCAUUGGUCGGCAAUGGGAUUCUUAUAGGAUUCGUCGGUCAAGCAGCGUUAUCUCUCGGCCUCUCAGCAUGGGUGUUCUUCCUAACGACCCACGGCAACAUCGACCUCACACACCCAGAAGGCACGCCCAAGCGCGAGAUCGAGCACAAACGGCUCGACUUCGUAUCGAACAUCCUCAUGAUCGGGUCCGAUAUUCAAACAACACUCGGCAUAGCAUACAUGGUCACCGUCUUCAGCCAGGCCCAGAUCAUGGAUACAUACCACCUGCACGUCGUCUUCGACAUUGUCAGCUUCGUCGGCGUAUCCAACACAGCAGCCCUCGUCUGCUGGAAAUACUGCCGCGCGAAGCUUGAUCCCUCUGAUACAAGUAUAAGUCCUCCUUCAAAGUCGAAACGGGACUCCCUGCGGAGUUUCUAUUGGAAUGACCGCUCGCGAGCUGCAUUCCUCUUUACAGCACUCUACAUCGCCCUUACUAUUCUCCUUUGUAUCCGUCUCCAUGAAUGGGCUCCUGACACCGCGCCUGGUAGAUGCUACUACACACAUCUGGUUACCAGCGUCACAGCCUCCCACCCCGGUGCAGACGAGACCUACGUCGGCACAACCGCCAGCUGGCUCGUCGUCGUUCUCCUAUUCAGUAUCUUCGGCGGCGUCAGGCUAAGACGUGGGAUCCUGAUUCUGUCGUACCUCCAGUUCCCGCUACACCUGUAUAUGACGAUUGCGCUGCGGAUAGCAAACGAGGGUAAAUUCGAGGGCGAAAUGAAGCACGAGAAUGAGUGGGACUUUGGGCAGACCACGGCGGUUGUUCUUCUUGGGAUUGCGGUUGUGGAGUUUUUGAAGAAGGGGAAGGAAUAUUAUGAUUUUGAGACGUAUGUCAUGAAGAAUGGCACAGUUCCGGAUGCUGGGGAGAGUUGUCGAUCGCAGUCGAGGGAUGAGGAGGCGAAUGUAGACAGUUAUCUUCUGAAGACGCGGUCUGAGCAGAGUCCUGGGACAUCCGACGUGUCAAGGCGUUAG